AUGACUACUCCAUCCAAGGUUUCUGCUGUUUCCGAGCCAGUUCAUCAAUCGUUUCUCAAUAAUGACGGAAUCGACGAUUUAACGCCUGCCACUAGAAAACAUAGAGUGUCUUCGUUGUCAUUGUCCGACUUGAAUCAGUGGCAAAAUGGCUUGACAAAAUUGUCUUCCUCGACAUCUUUGAGUAAACAGGGCAGCCAUGCCAACUUGAAGAAGGUCGACUCAUUGGCCAAAUUGUCCAGAAACUCAUCUAUCAUCAAAAGAAAGAAGAAAACUGUUAUUGAUCACCCAAGAGUUGCUUCUUACGCUUUCUGUUUCGAUAUCGAUGGUGUGAUCUUGAGAGGUCCAGACACCAUUCCUCAAGCUGUUGAGGCAAUCAAGAUGUUGAAUGGCGAGAACAAAUACAACAUCAAAGUUCCAUCCAUUUAUGUUACAAACGGUGGUGGUAAACCUGAGCUGGUCAGAGCUGAAGAUUUGUCUAAGAGAUUGCAAACGGAAAUCCGUGUUGAUCAAAUUAUUCAAGGACACACCCCCAUGAGAGAUUUGGUUCCUCUUUACAAAAAUGUAUUGGUUGUUGGUGGUGUUGGAAAUGUUUGCAGAAAUGUUGCCGAGUCUUAUGGUUUCAAGAAUGUUUUCACUCCUUUGGACAUUUUGAAGUGGAAUCCUGCUGUGUCUCCUUACCACGACUUGACCGAGGAAGAGCUUGCCUGUUGUAAGACUGGCAUUGACUUCGGAAAGACCCCAAUCGAUGCAAUUUUGGUGUUUGCCGAUUCAAGAAAUUGGGCUGCCGAUCAACAGAUAAUUUUGGAAUUGCUCUUAUCCAAAAAUGGUGUGAUGGGUACUGAAUCCAAGACUUUCGAUGAAGGUCCGGAAAUUUACUUUGCACACUCUGACUUCAUUUGGGCAACCAACUACAAGUUGAACAGAUAUGGUAUGGGCGCUUUGCAAGUGUCGAUUGCUGCCUUGUACAAGGAGCACACGGGGCGUGAAUUGAAAGUUCACAGAUUUGGUAAACCUCAGGCUGGUACCUUCAAGUUUGCCAACAAAGUCUUAAGUAAAUGGAGAAAAGGCAUGUUGGACGAGCACUUAAAGAAGUUGUCUGUUAACGAUCCAAAUGCCGGAGAAGCAGACAUUUUGGUGAAUGAAGAAGGCGAGGAGUUUAUUAAUCAAGAAAAAUUAGAUUCAGGCAAUUACGAUGACUCAGAUGAUGAAGACGAAGAAGAUCAGACCAUUGGAAAACUUGGUGAGUUAUCUUUGCAGGACAAGAUUACGUUACAAAUGCCACCAGCUUCUACAGUAUAUUUUGUUGGUGACACUCCAGAAUCUGACAUUAGAUUCGCUAACUCUCACGACGAUUCGUGGUUUUCUAUCCUUGUGAAGACUGGUGUUUACAAGGAUGGAACUGUUCCUAAGUACAAGCCAAAGUACACUUGUGACAACGUUUUGGAAGCAGUUAAGUUCGCUAUUGAAAGAGAACACGAGAAGGAAUUGGCCGAAUGGAAUGAAACGGCCACAGAUGAUGAUGUCCCUAAGGUCUCAUCUAAGAUUAACUUCAAUGACUUCAUCAUGACUCCAAGCGAGAAGAAGGCACAAGAAGAAAAGGAGAAGAUUAAGAGUACAAAGGCUGUUGAAGAACACGAAGCUGUUGAAGUGCCUGAUCUUCUUACUGCCCAACUCGAUCAACUCAAGAACGUGGGAACUUAA